ACUACCACCGACCGGGCAUUCCUUCAGAAAUCUCAUUUUGUUUGGUUUUUGUGAUUUUUUCUUACCCCUUAGUUCCCAUUUCCAGUAAUAACCGAAUCUCGCCGUCUCGCUCCAGAGGGAAAAGUUUGCCUCUGCCCUGCCCCGGCCAAUGUGAUACCAUAGCGUUGUGGGUUGGAAAAUUUCGACUCCCUUUGCGUUCGAUUUGCUGCUGCUGCUGCUGCUGCGGAUGGUUGAUGCGGUGGCAGAGUGAAGGAAAGAACCAUUCGUGCAAGCUGCUACCACUCGCACCAAUCGUGGUACUACAACGAUGCAGUGGAAAACUGCCGUAACCCCGGGGAAAAGUUUUGCGAGCCUCCGGAAAGGAGACGAGACGACGGUUCACACAGAUGCAAGGAUAUUAAAAAUAAUGCUACCGUUCGUGGUGAUUUUCCUCCCCUCAGCCACACCACACACCAAAUCCACCGAAACACGGCACAGGGGCCUUCUGUUCCGGAUUUGGAAUAUUAAAUUCUCUGUCUGCAGCAUCCGCCAGUCGGUCCGCGACGUUCGUUCGGUGUGGGACACACAGUUUGAGGCCUCUGUCCGGAGACCAGAGCAGUGGCUGGAACGUUUAGUGGUGUUGAGUGUGCUAAGAAGUUUUAUACAUGGAAAUCCGUUCGAACGAAAGUUUCCGCAAAGUGUAAAUUAAUGUGAAAAAUAGCGAAACAAAUUGUUCAAAACAAAAACGGGCAAAACGGAUUUUAUUGAACAAAAAGGUCUACACAACAUUGGAACAAUAUCACAACGUUUCCGGAAUGGAACCACCGUUUCCGCCGGAUGUGGCACCCUUUACGCCAAUCUGGGGCCAGGAAGCCCCGUCACCGAUGGUACACUAUCCGGAGCUGAUGGCCGGCUUUCCGUGUGCAGAUUUAGCUAUCUGGCCCCGGCAGCAGGUCGGCAGCUUUGUCAGCCAGCGGCUUUCGCCACGUGGCGCACAACCAGCACCGUCCAGUGGGUCGACAAAGAAAACGCGCCGCCGGGUAGCGUCGAUGGCACAGCGGCGCGCAGCCAACAUACGCGAACGGCGCCGCAUGUUCAACCUGAACGAAGCGUUCGACAAGCUGCGCCGCAAAGUGCCCACCUUCGCGUACGAGAAACGGUUGUCGCGCAUCGAAACACUGCGCCUGGCGAUAACGUACAUUGGCUUCAUGUCGGAGCUGCUGGCCGGCACGCCCACCCACGACGGUCGUUCGCCCGAGCUAUACCCGGGUGUGCUGGCGACGACCGCCCAUCACGCCCCCCACCAUCACCAUCACCAGCAUCACCAUCAUCAUCACCAACAGCAACAGCAGCAGCAGCAACACAACAACCAUUCGGCGCAACAUCAGCAGUCGCAGCCGCCACAACAAUCGCACCACCAUGCGCACCUACAUCACCAGCAGCAACCGUCGCAGCCCCACCACAGCCUGCAUGGAUCGGCCACGGCACCGGCAGGCUCGGUGGCAGCUGGAGCAACUACGACAGCGACACACCACAUGCAUCAUCCCUCGCUGCAACGAGCGGCGGCCGCGGCGGCUGCAGUGGCCGCUGCUGCUGCUGCUGCAGGCGGCACGGGCACCGUCAAUGGUACCGAAUACCAUCCUGCAUACGGCACCGGAGCCGUACCGCACCAUGUGGUUUGAGCACGUGGAGCGACCGUUGGGUCUGGCACUGGCGUGGCGUCAGUUGGAUAGCCGGGUUGUGGUUUGGGUGGAUUGACCUUAUCGUUGAUGCUGUACUGUCGAAUAUUGUUGGUUGUUGGAAGCGAGGUCAGGUUCCGCGAGUGGCCCACGAUCAUCACUUCCACGAAUACAACGAAUAAACGAAAUGUUGAUGGACGCAUUUGCUACCGAGCAGGCACAACACACAUCGAAGUGCAUCGUUUAAUCAGUCACUAUGACAUCGAACGUUCCGGGUAGGAGUUCGCUUGAUCAAUCACUUAUUUCUGUCCCGAUGCCGAGGGUGGUUCGAGCUGUUCACACGAGUUUUUCUUCAGUGGCUUGGUUUACUGUCCCAUCGUUUCGAUUUGUUUUACUUCGAUCCCUUUCCUACCUCUAGAAUCUAAAUCCUCCUCCGUAAUUAAGCAGUAAAAUGAGACCUCAAUGAGGCUUUUGACAUGCAAACCGUUCGAGCGGGCUUCCAACAACCUAAUGUACAUAACAAAUGCUAUGUUGCAAGCAUUCCAUCGCCCUACUGCACUUUCCCAACGCAGGAAGGGAUAUUACUUGCCACACCACACUUAAGGUGUUAAAGACGUUUUCUUAAUAACGUUUGUUUCCGAUUCACUCCUUCUCUCUUCUGUGUCUUCUAUGUCUCUCCUAUCGUUCACAGUGCCAAACUGGUCACUGUACCACCAUUCGCUACUCGUUUAGCGGCGGUUUAGUUUUUCCAUCACGAGUGUGUUUUGCCACACAAAUAAUGUUCUCUACAUCGUCUGAGAUGUGUUGCGUGCGUAUUCGGAACAGAAUUUCAAUCUCUUCCAUCAGUUUCCUGUUUCGUUGGUACCGCGGAUUUACCACACACAUAUAUAUAUAUAUAUAUAUAUUAUAUAUAUAAACCAUACAUACAAAACAUACAUCUGUCCUGUCUUUAUCCAGUUUCCAACUGAAACCGUCGAAUUGCGGUUUCGGGUAUCUCGAACCUAUCUAUCUCGCUAUCUCUUUCUCUCUCUCUCUCUCUCUCUGUUUACUAAACUGUUUUGUUUUCAAGUGUUUUCAAUUGUGCUGUUAUAAUUGAGUAAGUAGUUCUGGGUGGGAAAUAAGAUGCGUAAGUUCGUAGAGAAGGUGUUAAGCAAACGAACAGAACAAACUAUGUACUAUCAAUGUUCAACUAAAUGACAAACAGCGAAUAAACAAUACAAACUAUUGUACGUUUACGAA